UUCUAACAUAAAACGAGUCAAAGGGCGUUAUCUGAAGAAUAGAAGAAAUGGACAUAAUUCUCACAACAAUGAUGACAAUGAUGGAUAUAUACUCGAAGAUUAUCGCUAACUUUAGUUCCCAGCCAAAAGAACCGAUAAAGCUAUACCUACCAACACAUGAGAUGUGUUGGAAAAUACCAUACCAGCGUAAAGCCCACCUCGCCAAUGAAAUCGACCAAAUCCUGAAAGGGAUCCAGCAAACCCACGCCACGGUUAAAAGGAAGAGAGCCUACAUGGCCUCAACCACCACCUUCGGCAUCGGCAUGCCCUCCCCGGGGGGAUGGGUCCUAGUCGACUUGAGGGACAGCUCCUUGGUGCACAAGACCUAUCUGGAAAGCCUGAUUUAUCCUGGGGGAGAGUAUGUCGUGCUGUGUAUGGGGUCCACGGAGAUUCCCAGACAGCUUGUAAUGCCGUAUCGCGCGGGUGAGAGGGGGCAAAUUGAAGAUGAGGAUGAGGAUGGGGUGUAUGUGGAUGCGGAGGGUGGGGAGGAUAUUGGCCAACCCGCUUAGAGGGGGGGGGGUGCGGGGGUUAAACCGGAGGACUGGAUUGGUGCAAUAGAUGGGAUGGAUAGCUUAGAUGAAUGAGGAUUGGUAAUAUUGCAGGGACCUUCCGAUUGGAAAUUUGGGAUUUGACGUUUGGUGUUGUUACCUAAGUGCACGCAUUUGUGCAAACCCGAUACUAGUUAAGCUAUCUUAUUAGCGAGGAGAGGAGUAAAAAUGAACGGAUUUAUAUCUAGCGUUCA